AUGACAAACUGCGGAGUCCCUCUCACCACAAAUGUCAACAAGCAGGUGGUUGUCUUAAUUAUUGAAACACAGUGCAAAAAUGAUACUAAAGCUCUAAUACACAUACUGUACAAUAAAUUAAUUACAAGGAGGAUCAUUGCUAAGAGGGAAAUUAAGUGUAACCCGGAUGAAUACAAUUUAGGUGAUCAGCAUUGCAAGAAAUGUGAGCGUGGUUUUGUUAAAAAUACCUGCUGCCCAACAGAUAUCAGCAAACACUGUGUUCCAUGUGAAAAUGGAAAGGAGUACAUAGAUCAUGUCAAUGAUUCAGACGAGUGUUUGAGAUGCUCUUCAUGUGACAGCAUAUUCGGUUUGGAGGUUGCAAAGAACUGUACCCCAUCACAGAACACGGAAUGCACCUGUGCAGAGAACCAUUUUUGCAGUUCUGCACCAUGUAGGCACUGUGAUCCAUGUACCAUAUGUGAAAGUGGUGUAAUUGAAAAACAGUGUACUUCGACUUCAGACACUGUGUGCGGAAUGAAAGCAGAAACAGGAGUGCUAUGGCUGGCCAUCUCUUUGACACUUGGCGUUUUAGUACUAGCAGCAGUAGCUGGAGCAAUAUUCUGGUACAAGAGAAAACAGAAGGGUCAUACUAACAAGGAGAACCUGGGUGAAGUAGUCCCCAAAACAGAGGCUUCUUAUGAGAAUGUACCUCUCAUAUACACAGAUGUUGACCUGAGCAGCCACAUUGCUGGUAUUGUGGAAGAGAUGACACUCCAAGAUGUCAAGACAUUUGUUCGUAAUCACAAAGUACCAGAACCUGUCAUAGAUCAAACUGUUCGGGAUUAUUUUAGUGAUACAUCUGAACAGAAGAUUAAGCUGUUUCAAGUCUGGUAUCAAAGACAUGGGAUAAAAGGAGCCUAUGGAGCCCUAAUAAGCAGCCUGAGAGAGUUUAAAAUGUGCACUGCAGCUGAUAAAAUUGAGGAAAAAAUGAAGGCAGCUGUUUCCAGCUGUCAGGAAGGGGGACAGUCUUAUCAUGAUGACACUGAGCAAAACAAAAUCUGCACUCGGGAAGGUAGAAACUCUUACAGUGAUAGUGCUGAGCAAAAUAAAACAUAUUCUGGUAGUUUGGAAGAGACAUAGCACAGAAUCAUUUGAAAAUUAUUUCUGACUGAAUUAGCGUUUUUCUAGUAAUAACAAAGCUUUUAAAUGCCACUGAUUGAUACAAGGAAGUUAUAAUAUGAACAAGAAGUAAUUAUGAUUUUUGUAGCAAUAUCUUUCACUUAAAAGAAGUUUUAGCUUUUUUUUGGUUGUUAAGAACUGGGAGAAGUUUUAUGGCUUAUUUACUAAAAGGUACGAUAUCGGAGUCCAGCUAUAGGAUUCACUACAAGAAGAAGUAGUCAUUAUUUGAAGAAAAGGUUUAGUCUAAAUG